CAAUUUUCACUUUGUUUACAUUUCUCCGCGACUGCACCAUCACACCCACCACUCUCCUCCUCCUCUCCUCCAACCCCAAAACCCAAAACAUACAGACACAGAAAGAAAGAAACAACUCGUCUCAAACCCAAGCCUUCCACCAUUCCAGACCCUCAAAGAGAAAGGGACGCCUCAAGGCUCCACCACCACCACCACAUCCAGUUAGCCACUCCCUCCUCCUCCUUAUGCUCCCGAUCCCUCUCCUCUUCUUCUUCUUCUUCUUCUUCUUCUUUUUCAUCUUCCUCUUCAUCAUCUUCCCCAAUGUUCUCCACCCCCUUCGUCCUCUCCUUCGCCCUCCUCCUCUCCCUCCCCCUCCUCUUCCUCCUCGCCCCUCAUUUCCUCCCACCCAACACCACCCAACUCCCCAUCCCCGCCGCCGAUGAAGUCUCCGACCAAGCCCUCUUCUCCCGCGCCGUCCGAUCCAAGUCCUCCUUCACCCGCUUCUCCCUCGACUCCAAAACCAAACCCAAGAUCGCCUUCCUCUUCCUCACCAACUCCGACCUCCACUUCGCCCCUCUCUGGCAGCGCUUCUUUUCCAAAACUGCCCCCAAUCUUUACAACAUUUACGUCCACUCCGAUCCCUCCAUCAACGUCACCAUCCCUCCCGGCGUCUUCCACGACCGCUUCAUCGCCUCCAGGCGCACCUACCGCGCCUCCCCUACUCUCAUCUCCGCCACCCGCCGCCUCCUCGCCACCGCCGUCCUCGACGACCCCGCCAACACCUUCUUCGCCGUCCUCUCCCAGCACUGCGUCCCCCUCCACUCCUUCCGCUACGUCUACCGCUCCCUCUUCGCCUCCCCCACCUUCGACCGCACCCGCCCGCCCUCCGACUCCGACGCCGAGUUGACUCGGAUGGGAGUCAACGCCCCUUACAAGAGCUUCAUUGAGAUCCUCUCCAAAUCCACCAAUCUCUGGAAGCGCUACGCCGCCCGCGGCAGGUUCACCAUGAUGCCGGAGGUCCCCUUCGACAAGUUCCGGGUCGGCUCGCAGUUCUUUCUCCUCACGCGCCACCACGCCUUGGUGGUCUUGAAAGAUCGCCAGCUGUGGAAGAAGUUCAGGCUGCCGUGCUAUCGGGAAGACGAGUGUUACCCGGAAGAGCACUACUUCCCGACGCUUUUGUCAAUGGCGGAUCCGGAUGGGUGUACCCAUUAUACUCUGACCCGGGUUAACUGGACGGGUACCACAAACGGGCACCCGUAUACUUACCGACCCGGCGAACUGUCGGCCAAGCUUAUAUACCAACUGCGGCAGUCCAAUUAUUCCGAGUCCUACUUGUUUGCGAGGAAAUUCUCGCCGGAUUGCUUGAAACCCUUGUUGGGUUUAUCGGAGAAGGUCAUUUUCCGGGACUGAGGUAAAAAAAGACCAGUGAAGAUAAGUUAGCUUUUGAAGUUGGAGAAACUGAUUGGGAAGGUGGUUCUGGAGAGGCGCAAGUAGAUUUGCCCACAAACCACAAAACCCAUAGGAAGGUUCCAACUGAGGGUCUCUGUCUCGGACGAGAACAAGAACAAGAAGAUAAUGUUCAUCAUCAGAGAGAGUGUGGGGGGAGAGAGAGACUUGAGCAAGAUAGUGAGUGCAGUGCGGAAGUAAAGAAGAGAAAUCAAAGCAAGGUACUUGUUUCUUUUCUACUGCCAAGUUUGUAUUUUGUGGUGUAAGAUAGUGGAGUAGUAGUACACACUAAAAAUUAGCCAGCAAGCAAAAGAGGAAGGACAUAGUGUCACAGUGUUAGUUAGCAGAGGGGGUCCUUUGUCUUCUUUGAUGCGUGUAAUUUGUACAUACAUAUGUGAAAUGGGAAUCUUGAUCACUCUUGUACCCUUUUGAUUUGACAAUAAUAACAAAUGGUCACAGUUAUCAGGGGCAGUAUCUUUUUGACCCUGUUCUAGUAAAGAAAUCGGAUCCAAUGCCUCAA